AUGGCGAGCUCGCUGUCCUCCGGCCCCGAUGCUCUCCGCCACCGGGGACAGGUGCCCCAGCAAGAACCGGUUAGGGGUGACAGCGUUGUUCAGAUCGGUGACGACGACGGCCGCCACGGCCGGUCACCGGAGGAGAGAGCGCCGUCGCCGUCGGCGAGAGAGAAGCGGCAGAGGCGGAUGAAGCGGUUCAUGGAGUACUCGAAGCGCGCCCUCCUGUACGAGUUCCCGCUCGCCACCGCUCUGCUGCAGCACCGGGCGGCGAGCUUCACCGGCAGCACGUGGGCCAAGGUCGGCGUCGCGCUCCUCUGCGCCGCCUUCUUCGCCGACCUCAUGGGCUCCCUCUACCUCUCCCUCGUCACGAGGCUCGACGACCACGCCGCCGAGGUUAGUGCCUCCAGCUGCCGGUGGCACGGCUUCCGGAUCUACGCCUCCGGCGUGCUCCUCAUGUCCAUGCCCUUCUGCCUGCUCAUGUCGCUCAACGGCCUCUACGCGUUUCUCGCCGUCGCGCUCGCGCCGCCGCUUUAUCUCGUCCUGUUGGUGUUCGCCAAGGAGAACCGUCAACCGAGCACCGCCGACGACGACUUCCCGGCGCCGCGCGGCGAAAGACAGGGGAUGCGGUACGAGGACUACGACGGCAAGCUGAAGUACCAGUUCGACGCCUCGGCCGCCGUGAACACCAUCGCAACCGGAGCGGGCCUCACGGGCACCUUCUUCGGCUACUCCAGCGACUACUCGCCGGAUCACGCCGUCACCGUCUCCGAGAGCCUACUGUUCCUGACCAUCGUCGGCGGGCAGUUCGUGAUGCUCAUCACAGCGGCUCGGCCGAUGUUCCGCAAGGAAUCCUCACCGGCAAGACUCGCCGGCUUCCUGGGCCAGCUGGUAGGGAGCCUUCCAGUGCUGCUCUCGCUCAGCGCGUUCGCCGGCGCCAUCGACUUCCUGGGAGGGCUCGCCCUGCUCGCCUUCUCCAUCGACUUCCUCGAGCUGGUCUUCUUCUUCAAAGCCAUGUUCUACAGCGAGCUGGAGGAGCCUUCUCCACCGACGACCGCGCCGCCGCCGGAGGCCGCCGACGCUCCGGCGGCAGGGGAGACGCAGAACGAGCUGAAGCUGCUGUGGCUGUGCGUGAUGUGCGUCUACUUCAUGGCGCUGGAGGCGCUGUACCAGGAGCAAGGACGGAGGAAGACGACGCUGGAGUGGUUGGACAGGGGCAGGGUGCUGAUCUACUUCUGGGCCUUCUGCUGCUGCAGUCUCGACGGCGGCAAGGGGAAGCUCCCGCUGCUGCCGCCGUUGGACGAACUGAGGAAGCAGCACCGCUUCUCGGUGGUGCUCGCGGCAGCACGCUACGCCGUCAUGGUGCUCGCCGCGUUCGACGCCGUCUGCCGUAUCGCCGGUCCGUUUCUCGCCCCAGUUCUAAGAAGAUCCUAGUGUACCCACCGUUGCGCGCAUGGUGCCAUGGCCCAUGUAUGUAACUCGAAAUAGCAAAAAGGUUCCGAGUUUAAAUCUUU